CUUUUUUUCAUUUCAUCUUCUUCAGCCUUUUAUUACUGCUUUCCUUUUAGCAAAUCUCAUUAGAUAAGAUGAACAUAGUUAAGGGUUUCAGAUUCCACCCAACUGAUGAAGAACUCAUCGAGUUUCUGCAGAUCAAAACCUCCGACCGUGAUUCUCUAGUCCAAAUUAUUGAUGAAGUCCCCGAUAUCUGCCAGUGGGAACCUUGGCAACUAGCUGAGAGUUCGAAGUUGCAGGCUGGGGACCGAUUAUGGUAUUUUAUAUACUCACCAAAAUAUAAGUACCGUAAUAGUAAACGAAUUAACCGGACAGCCCGUCGCGGUUAUUGGAAACCUACGGGCAAUGCUCGUAAAGUUAUAGACCCCAAAACAGGGGAGUUGAUUGGUACCAAGAAGACAUUGGUUUACUAUAAAGGUCAGUGUAACGAUGGAAACAAAAUCAAGACUUGUUGGGUUAUGCAUGAGUAUGAACUCAAGGCUGACCCUAAUUCCAUUGACACUGAUCAUAAAACUUUCAACCUUUGCAAACUGAAGAAAAGGGUUGAUGUUCUGAGCACCGAUGCUGGUCAACCAGGUCAGCACAAUGAAGGCUAUGGUGUUCGUGAUAGAUCCGGUAGUGUUGAUAGCUGUGCUGGAGAAAGAAGCAAUCGACAUAAUAUGGUUACAGAGGAUGCAAUCUCUGACUUAUCUAGUUUGGUAAAUCCUGUUGCUGAGGAUGUGAUUCCAAAAGAAACUUUACACCUUAAAGAGAGGUUAAAGGAAUGCAAUGGACCUGAAGACAAUAAUGGUGUUCAAAAAUUGUAUAACACCCUUGAAAAGGAUGAUAAGUCCUGCAAUUCAGUUCUUAUUGAUGGUGAUGAUGAAAUCAUCACCAUGGAAAGAAGUGCAUCUGAACUAUUCGAAGUGCCUUCAAGCUUUGAGCUGCCUCUUGCCGAUAACAAUUUAACUCCGAUGGACUUAUCAUACUAUAAUGGAUUAUCGUUUGAUGAGUUAUUCAAAGAACCAGAGGCAACUAAUGACUCUAAUUGGAUUCAAGAUCAAUAUAUCACCAACAUGGAAGAUGAGUUCUUGAAUUCAAUUUUUGUUGAAAAUGAAGCAUUCAGCUGGCCGUGUUUAGGUGUGAUGGAACCAUCCGAUUCGAUGGAGAAACCUAGAAAAAAACCACGCCUUCUGCAUGAAAGUCAUGCAGAAACAGCAGAUGCUCAAGUUGGUGGAAACAUCACAAUAUCAUCAGUAACAAAGAGCUAGACAUGCUCAAGAUAAAUAUUAGCAAAUACAGCAGUCAGCAGAAAGUAAAGAAUGUUCCCUUUUUGUUUUGCUUUUUUGAUUGUUUGAUCGUUGAAGGGCUUUAAGACUGUAAAAUAAGAAUUACAGGUGAUAUCAUGUGUAACACAAUGUUGUCUUAUAUAUU